UAGCACCAGUUCCACCAGGGUGACGACGAUGACAGCGGCAACGAGGGGACAUGGGGAGGGAUGAGCGAGAAUGAACGCCACUCAUGGGACUCGUACAGCUCCGGCGAGCUUACCACCUUUGCCUCAAAGGCGGUGGUAUCGUACGUGGUUCCGAGGCUGCGAAAUAUCUCUGGGGAAUCAACUCGUGGACUUGGGGGAAAAUGUUCGCAUGUGCGUCAGUGCCGUAGUGAUCGAAUUUGUGGAAUGAGUGAUGGGAGGAUCAUGCCACCAGCAACGAUGUGUGGUAUGGUUCACGAACCUCGGCCGGUGCCUGUGAAUCUCAUUCGAUCGCGACUGUCUCCUCCCACCCCUGCCAUACGCAGAAGGCGCCCACUAGGAAUAGCCGGCGACUGUGAUCGCACCCUGCGAUGUCGCUUCUCGUACUCUCUGCUCAGGAUGUGGACACGAUCACUGCCGCCUUGCCGUCUGCAGAGCUCGAGGCCCUCAUGGCUUCCGUAUUUCAUCGCCUCUCGUCAGGAUCGCACUAUGCAUCGCCGCAAAGGACAAGCAUUGCCAUGUCCCAUCACACGGCUCUGUUUAUGCCCUCACGGAUUAAAGACAUCGGAACUGCGAUCAAAGUCGUUUCUGUACCUACGUCUGCCGACGAUAAGCGUGGUUUGCCUGCUUCGACCAUUCUCCUGGACGAGGAAUCUGGGCGUGUGGAGGCGAUCGUCAACGCGAGUGCGCUGACAGCCUUGAGGACUGCCGCCGGCUCUGUCCUCGCAACACGCUUGCUCCUCUCCGAACCGCCUAGCUCGUUGGUCGCCUUCGGCGCUGGGAAGCAGAUCGAGGCCCAUGUGGAUCUUCAUAUCCGCGCAUUUCCAUCCCUCAAGCGAUGUACCAUCGUCAAUCGUUCGAUGAAUGCACGUUUGGAAAACCUGUUGUCUGUAUUGCGUCAAUCUCACCCUCUCGUCUCACUCGAAGGACUUGUGCUGGACGAUACGACCAACGUCCGAAGUGCCGUAGGUCAUGCGCAUGUGAUCUGCACGGCAACAUCAACCACCCAACCACUUUUCCCCUCUGAGUGGGUCUCGCCUGGAACGCACCUAAAUCUUGUGGGGAGCUUCAAUCCGAGCAUGGUCGAAGUAGACUGUGGUCUCAUAAGCCGGGCAGAGAUGAUCGUCGUGGAUUCAAUCGAAGCAUGUAGGAUCGAAGCUGGAGAACUCAUCACUGCCGGUCUGAAUGCUGGAGAUAUGAUCGAGAUUGGACGGUUGGUGGAGAAACGGGAUUAUAAAGACGGGCUGGAAGAGAUUCAAAUGAGGAAGGGUGACGUGACGGUGUUCAAGUCGGUAGGCAUUGGGUUACAGGAUGUUGCUAUUGCGAGGUAUGUGGUGUCCAAGGCGGAGAACUUGGGGAUUGGGACGACUGUGGUGGAUUUCCACACGGGAAGGUGACUUAGGCUCGAUUGCUUCAACCUGGUUUCCAGAUAGUUCAGGAUGAUUCGAAGAUGUAGUCUUCAUAUUGCCAGGAUGGUAUUCGAAGUUGGGAUGGGCCAGCACGCCUCUAAUACCUCUCGCAUGACCUGGAUGUGAAGGUGAGUUCCCAUCGAGUGACCAUUGCGCUCAGAAAUUGUUAGGAUGCCAAACUCAAACUUACCGGCGAGUACACCGAGUACUAUUGGUGACACUGGGUCUCCCAACCUCAAAGCCUGCAUACGCGAACGCAUCGGCAUUUACGCUCCGAGCCCUAGAAAUGAUCCGUAGUAAGGUCAUUUCUUUCUAAACCUCUGCUUCUCGUGUCUUCUCGGUGUCAAGCUG